AUGAGCUCGACCGUCGUCCUGGUGCCGGGGGCCUGGCACCUGCCCACCUGUUUCGAUCACCUCCGCCAGGAACUGCAUGCCCUGGGCGUCGCAUCGGUGGCCGUAGCCAACCCCUCCGUGGAGGAUUGCCAGCCGCCGAAGAACUUGACGCACGACGUGGCUCAUUUGCACGCCGUUCUCGCUCGCUUGGCCGACGAGGGCAAGCAGAUCACGCUGGUCGCUCAUUCCUAUGGCGGCGUCGUGGCAUCGGGAGCAGCUCAGGGGCUGGGUCUCGCCCAGCGACAGGCCGUCGCUCAGCAGGGAGGAAUCGUAAGGGUCGUCUAUCUGGGUGCCUUCGCCAUACCGGCACAAGUGUCGCUACUGCAAGCAGUCGGAGCCGUGGCUCCUCCUUGGUGGGAAUACAAGGGAGACCAAGUGGUGGUGAACGACCCACAUGCGUCGAAUCCAGCACAUGUCUUUUACAAUGAUCUCCCUCCAGACACCCAGAACCACUGGAUUUCCCAGCUGCAACCGCACACGGCCGCCUCCUUCGAGAUCCCCAAUACCUACGAGCCGUGGAACGAUAUCCCGUGCACAUACAUUUUUACCGAGCAGGACAACGCUAUCCCGCUUUUUGCCCAGAAGGCUAUGGCAGGUGGCAUGGGAGAAAUAUCGACUGUCAGCUUGGAUGCCUCUCAUUCGCCCUUCUUGAGCAUGCCCAAGCAAGUGGCGCAUAUAAUUGCGGAGGCGAGCCGAUAA